AUGGCUAAAGACAAUGAUCAGACUCACGACUCUAGUCCACCGUCACCACCUGAGUUCCACCCGGCGCUUUCUGUGAGCAACAUCAAGAAUUGCAUACCAUUAAUUCUUGAUCGACAUUCUGCAAAAUACUCUAAUUGGGAGGAAUUGUUCGAAGUUCAUGCUCACGCCUAUAAUGUGCUAGACCAUAUUAACUCGAAAACACCGCGGCCAACCGGAGUUUCUGACCCUCUAUGGCAGCGCCUUGACUCCAUUGUCAAGCAGUGGAUCUACAGCACAAUCUCGUCCUAUCUUCUCGAUACGGUUCUUGCAAAGGGUGACACGGCUCAACAAGUCUGGGACAAAAUCAAGGCGAUAUUUCAGGACAAUAAAGCGAAUUGGGCUCUUUAUCUUGAAAAGCAAUUCACAAAUGAAUUGCCAUCUCUAAGAUCAACUUGCUAG